CGCCGCCCCGCCGCCGCGCCCGCGGCCCCGGCCGGAGGAGACAGAUCCUCCAGCCACUCGAUGGGGCUUCACCAAGGACCUCCUGUGUGUGUCACCUCCCCACCUCUCUGUAGCAAGAGAAGCGCCCGCAGCGCCUCCACAGUCAGGAUGACGAAACUGGUGUUAACUGAGUGGCACUUAUGGAUUUUUAACUCUAACUCACAGUGAGCCAGCAAGCCCUAUGUUUACAGUCCAACCAAAAUCCCUUCUGUUUUGCUGCACAUCUCCUGCGAUUGUGAGAAGUACAAAGAGGAAUACAAGUGUUACUUGCCGAGGAGGGCACACGCACCUAAAGCAGAACAAGAAGACGUCUUAAUUUAUCAUUGAAGAGAGAUGAUAGUAUUAUUUAUAUAGAUAGAAUAAAUAUAUAUAUAUUUUUUGGUGGUAAUGAAAAUGGCUCCGCAGAAUGCCGACUCAGAAUCUAUGCAAGUUCAGGAGUUACCGGUGCCCCUGCCAGACCCGCAGAAACCUGGAGACACGGAGGCGGAGAACCGCGACGAGACCAUCAGUGAGGGGUCCAUAGACAGAAUCCCCGUGCGCCUAUGGGUGAUGCACGGGGCGGUGAUGUUUGGCAGGGAGUUCUGUUACGCCAUGGAAACGGCGUUGGUCACACCUAUUCUGUUACAGAUUGGUCUCCCGGAGCAGUACUACAGCCUCACCUGGUUCCUGAGCCCCAUCCUCGGCCUCAUCUUCACCCCGCUCAUCGGCUCUGCCAGUGACCGCUGCACCCUGAGCUGGGGCCGGCGGCGGCCCUUCAUCCUCGCCCUCUGCGUGGGCGUGCUCUUCGGCGUGGCGCUCUUCCUCAACGGCUCCGCCAUAGGUCUGGCCCUGGGCGAUGUCCCCACCCAACAGCCCAUCGGCAUCGUUCUCACCGUGCUGGGAGUGGUGGUGCUGGACUUCAGCGCCGAUGCCACCGAGGGGCCCAUCCGCGCCUACCUGCUGGACGUGGUGGACAGCGAGGAGCAGGACAUGGCCCUCAACAUCCACGCCUUCUCUGCGGGCCUUGGCGGGGCCAUCGGCUACGUGCUGGGUGGACUGGACUGGACACAGACCUUCCUGGGCAGCUGGUUCCGAACACAGAACCAGGUGCUCUUCUUCUUCGCCGCCAUCAUCUUCACAGUGUCCGUGGCCCUGCACCUCUUCAGCAUCGAGGAGGAGCAGUACAGCCCGCAGCAGGACCGCGGCGCCGCCGAGGCCCCCGCCCUGCCCGGAGCCCGGCUGGGCGGCGCUCUGACCCCUGCCGCUCGCCUCAACUCCCUGGGCGGGGGCCUGCAGGACGGCAGCCCCCCGUUCCCAGACGAGGUGCAGUCCGAGCAUGAGCUCUCCCUGGACUGCCUGGACGUGGACAUCGUGCGCAGCAAGAGCGACUCGGUGCUGCACAUGCCGGACCCCACGCUGGACAUGGAGCCCGAGCUGCCCUUCCUGCACGACAUCGAGCCCUCCAUCUUCCAUGACGCCUCCUACCCCAGCACCCCCCGCAGCACCAGCCAGGAGCUCCUGAGGGCCAAGCUGCCCCGCCUGUCCCCGUUCCUCAGGGAGUCCAGGGAGGAGGACACGCUGCUGGACAGUCACUUGAAUGAAGCUAAAGUCCCCAACGGGAGCGGCGUCCCUCAGAGGCCGGCCCUCAGCAGCCACAGCCGGGUGGCCGCCAAGCCCUCGGCCACCUGUGGCUCCGUGAGGCGGCGCAGGCACACAUUCCGCCGGCAAGCUUCCAGCACCUUCUCCUACUACGGCAAGAUCGGCUCCCACUGCUACCGCUACCGGCGGGCCAACGCAGUGGUGCUCAUCAAGCCGUCCCGCAGCAUGAGCGACCUGUACGACCUGCAGCAGCGCCAGCGCCAGCGCUGCCGGCGCCGCCACCAGAGCGGCGCCACCACCUCCAGCGGGGACACGGAGAGCGAGGAGGGCGAGGGCGAGACCACCGUGCGCCUGCUGUGGCUGUCCAUGCUCAAGAUGCCCCGCGAGCUGACGCGCCUCUGCCUCUGCCACCUGCUCACCUGGUUCUCCGUCAUCGCCGAGGCCGUCUUCUACACCGACUUCAUGGGCCAGGUCAUCUUCGAGGGGGACCCCAAGGCCUCUUCCAACUCCACCGCCUGGCACGCCUACAAUGCCGGGGUGAAGAUGGGCUGCUGGGGCCUGGUCAUUUAUGCUGCUACCGGUGCUAUUUGCUCAGCCCUGCUUCAGAAAUACCUGGACAACUACGACCUGAGCAUCCGGGUGAUCUACGUGCUAGGGACGCUGGGCUUCUCCGUGGGCACAGCUGUGAUGGCCAUGUUUCCCAACGUCUACGUGGCCAUGGUCACCAUCAGUACCAUGGGCAUCGUCUCCAUGAGCAUCUCCUACUGCCCCUACGCCCUGCUGGGCCACUACCAUGACAUCAAAGAGUACGUCCAGCACAGCCCUGGCAGCUCCAAGCGCGGGUUUGGCAUCGACUGCGCCAUCCUCUCCUGCCAGGUCUACGUCUCGCAGAUCCUGGUGGCCUCUGCCCUGGGGGGCGUGGUAGAUGCCGUGCGGACGGUCCGUGUUAUCCCCAUGGUGGCCUCCGUGGGCUCCUUCCUGGGCUUCCUCACAGCCACGUUCCUGGUGAUCUAUCCCAAAGUGUCGGAGGACGCCAAGGACGAGGAGAAAGGCCUGUCCUCCCGGGCCGCCGGCGAGGGCGGCCGCAGGGCCGGCGAGAAGCCCACUGUCCUGAAGCUGUCGCGGAAAGACGGCCUGCCCGGGCCCGUGGAGACCGAGUCCAUGGUGUGAGGCGGCGGGGCUCUCCGCGCGGGCGUGGGCGCGGCGGCUUCCCCCCGCGCAGGCCAGGCUCCAUAGGUGUAGGGUAGGUUUGAGCUGUUAGGCAAAGUAUCACAUUCAUUACUUUCUCCACAAUUAAAAAAUCAUUUGAAAUCUUUUUUUAAUUGAAAAAUCUUUUAAUUUCAACUCCUAUUCUGCAGGUGUAUUAUUCUGCAUGUUUUUAAAUUGUAAGACGCUUACAAUAUACUCAGUAAGCAAUUUAGAAAAAAUAAGCCUUUGAAUUUCUGAAAUUGUCAUUGAAAAUGCAAACCCUCUGCCGUCCUUGGUGGCCUGUCCCCUGGGCGCCGGCGACGUUGGUGGCCUGUGCCCUGGGCGCCGGCGGCGGCCUCGGCGGCGUGGUCACAGGGGUCUUGGCGCCUCUUGGCACGCACAGUCGUGCUGCCGCUUUUGGAGAGUUUUUCUCCCUGAUUAUUUGGGAAGUGUUUUCUUUUUCAUAACUGUUUAAUUACAAGAACAGCGUCUCGUCUCUUCCUCGGAGGGUGUGGCGGCCUGUGGCAGCCACACCAAAGCUGGCGAGUUCCCUGUGGCCGCUGUGGGCAGUGAGUGACCAGGUGCGAGGGUGACCUCCAGACAAGCCAGGGAGGGGCAGGCAGCAAGCACGGACAGAAUGUGCGUGGGUGUGUGUGUGGGUGUGCACGCGCAUGUGCGUGCCUGUGAGUCUGCCUCCCCCCCCCCCCCCCCCCCCCCCC